GUGAAAAGUGACGUUAAUCUCCCAAAGCAACCUUACGUCAAGAGUGGAUAGAGAUUAUUAUUGCUCGUUUUAAGAGUUCUAUGACUGUUCAAAAUACCUUCACAGUUCGUCGACAUAGGUAAAAAAGAGACAGAAGUUCACAGUUUACAGCCAUCGUUUCCACGGGCGGUUUUUCGGUCGCAAAAGUGUCGAAAAGUUUGACGUAUAGUUAUGUGAGCAAAGUAGGCUGAGUGCCGAGUGACAUUCCGUGACAUUUGUUGACGUUCCCGUCGAGAGUGAUUUGUUUUGUGCGUCAAAAUCCCUAAUAAUAACAGUGCGUGACAUGUGCGUUUAUUAAGGUUUAAUUAUGGCCUCAACGAGCACAUUUGAGGCUAAAGUGCUUAUGGCCAAGGGCAAGAGGGCCACUGCAGCGUACAUACACGCCAACGCCACGAAUCCGCACUAUUUGAACGAGGUUUUAAACAACAUCCUCAACCCAGCCGAAAGUAUCGACGAUUGGGAAACUAUAGAUUGGUGCAAAUGGCUUAUGGCCGGAGGAAGAACUCCAGACGAAUUCGACAAAACAGUGAGAGCCUAUGACAACGCCACCACCUGCGGUCUAGUUUGGACGCCGAAUUUCGUCGCUUACAGAUGUCGCACUUGCGGCAUCUCCCCUUGCAUGUCCCUGUGCACGGACUGCUUCAAGAAGGGUAACCACCAGAGGCACGACUUCAACAUGUUUCUCAGCCAGGCCGGCGGAGCGUGCGAUUGUGGCGACACCUCUGUCAUGAAGGAAACCGGUUUCUGCGACCGCCACGGGCCCAAUAAGACGGCCAGCAAGGGCAAGGCCCCCACAGAUCUGAUGUGCGUGGCCGAAACGAUGAUGCCGCGCGUCAUCCUGCGCCUCAUACAGCACCUGCGCGAGAACAGCAAGCAGAGUUCCGCCGACGCGUACAAAGACGCCAUACAGGACGCGGAAUCGUACAUAACCAUGCUUUUGGACUUCAACAACAUGGGCGGCCUGAUGCGCAGAGUCAUGACCUCGGCGCUAACCAAUCCGCAGAAGUACCGCACUUUAAACGAGGUGCCGGAGUUUCCGGAUUCGGAGUACGCGCAGUACCUGAACGAGUCGCGCAUCAUCUACGAGGAGGCGCUGAAAUCGCUUCCGAACCCCGAGCCGAUAGAGGAUUUCAAAGACUGCCCGUCGCUGCAAGAGCAGCUCGUGCACAAAACCUUCCUGGAAGAGCUCGUCUUCUGGACCGUAAAGUUCGAGUUUCCGCAGAAGGUGGUCUGUCUGCUGCUCAACAUGCUCCCAGAUCCGGACUAUAAGGUCGCUUUGACGCGCGCCUUCGUGCUGCACUACUCGCGCAUCUCGAUGAUGCUCGAGAUGUCGAGCGACCCCGACACGCUCAGCAACCGCGUGGUGCACGUCAGCGUGCAGCUGUUCUCGAACGAGAGCCUGGCCACGCGCAUGACCGAGCAGCUGAACCUGCUGCACGUGAUGGUGGUGAGCCUCAAGUACAUGAUGGGCAAGAUACUCAUACAGAACGUGUUGCACGAUCAAGACAAAAACUUUCACUACGUGGUGGACUGCGGGAAGUCGGUGAUGAAAGAGCACUGCUACUGGCCUCUGGUGUCGGAUCUGAAAAACGUGCUUUCCCACCGACCGGUUGCGAUCAAGUUCAUGUCGGACGACACGCUGUUGGAGAUGUGGUUCACGUUUUUGUCGAUGUUUCAAGGCAUGAACGUGAAUCAGAGAGAGCUGCAUCAGCACGUGGAAUACGAAACGAACACGUACUACGCAGCGUUCAGCGCCGAGCUGGAGGCCAGCGCCUACCCGAUGUGGGCGCUGGUCAGUCAUCUCAACGACGCCGGCAGCGCCGCCUUGACCAAACGCGUGCUGUUCGCCUGCCUGAACGAGCUGCGCGACUGGCUCGAAGCCAUCAACUUCACCAGCCCCACUCUGGGUGAUAGUUUGAAAGUGUCUUUCCAUUUGCCUUUACAUCGGUACCUUGCGGUAUUCCUUUGCCAAGCCGUCGCAGUCCAAGGCAUAACGCUCAACGAAGUUUUACCAUCUUCAGAAAUGCUCAAUUUACUGAUGAUGCACCCCCUUAGCGUGCAGGUUGCUUUCUACGAAAUUUUGAACGGCCUUUGGGUGCGAAACGGAUUGCAAAUCAAAGGCCAAGCCAUGACUUACAUUCAGUGCAACUUUUGCAAUUCCAUGGUCGACGCCGACUUGUAUUUGCUGCAAAUUUGCUGCACGAGAAUACCGUCCGACAGUUUCCUCAACACCGUGAUAGAUAAGUUUCACAUCAAAGAAUGGAUGAGCUUGGCUCCCUUUCAAGCGCAAAAUUCCUAUCUCGAAGGCGAACACGACACGCCAAUGCUGGAAAGUUUUUUAACCUUCCUCGCGACUUUGAUCAGCGUUAGAACCAACUUGGGCCUGUCGGACACCGCUUUGAACCGACUGGAGAUGGUGACGCUGCUGUGCAUGGGCGACAAAACGCACUCGCAGCUGAUGGAGCUGAUGCCUGAACGCGGGGACUCGUCGCAGAGUCGGGACUUCGAGGCUCUGCUGGCCGAGGUGGCGGAUUACAGGGCGCCGGCGCUGGAGGCCAGCGGCAACAUGCAGCAGGGGAUGUACGUGCCGAAGGCGCGCGUCUGGGAGAGGCAGUACGACCCCGUGCACGUGCUGCUGCGCGCGGUGCACCGCAGAGAUUUCCAGACGUCCAUGGAUCGCUACACUGAAUACGCCCGGUGUGCGAACAAGUUGAAAACGGGCACGAGUCCGUGGCCGCCGUUCCGCACGCCCGCCGACUGCGGUCCCGCCUACGAAGACCCGCGACAAAUAUUGAAGUCGCGCGUUUUUCACGCCGCCUCCCUCGUCAUCCUCUACAAGGCGGUCAAAGGCAACGUCAACGAGCACGUCAUGGCUCUCGUCAUGUUCCUCUUGGAGCAGGCCGUCAUCAUCUCCGACCAGAAGGACGACAAGGAUACAAAAGUAUGUCCGAGCGGGCAGCCGCCACAUCGCACCUUACACGACAUGGACCUAACUAAUUGGUACGCUAGCGAUUGUUUGUUCGACAACCUUCGUUCCGUGGUCGGCAGGGUGUUUUUGUCGCCGGAACCGGAAGUCUCGCCCAUCACCUACAGCUCCGACAGCGAUUUAGAUUGGGAGGAGAGCGAGCUUGAGAACGAGCUAGCGUACGGCGCCCACCUCGAGAAGCAAGACUUGAUCCUGAUGCUUAAACAAAGUCGAGACGGCGGCGGCUCGACGGCCGGCGACGUCGCCGCCGCCUCCUCCUCGAACGCGGUGGUGCCGCGGGCGGACUGCACCGUGGCGACCGUCACCAGCGCCGCCAUCGUGCAAGAGCAGGAGGAGGAGGAGGAGGAGGCGGGGUACGGCGGGGGGCUGGACGGUGUUUCCAACGACGUGGCGUUGUACACGGGCGGGGGCGGCGCGGAGCCCGAGUCGCCGGAGCCGCUGGCGGUCCAGCUGUUUAGAAGGGCGCUGCUGGGCGCCACCCCCAUGGACGUCGAGGUGGUCGGCAAUGGCGGACAAAACGAAGCGAUGCCCCUCGCUUCUCAAAGCGGGUUGCCGGCCUUACCGCCGGCGGCGGACACGGCGGCGGCAAACCUGCAACCGUGCCAGGUGCCCGCCCUCCGGCAAAACGGCAACGGCGGCUACUGCUUCCGGACGCCGAUGCUGAACGCAAACCGCCUCUGGCCCGCAGGCCCCUCCAACAUGGCCGUCGUGCCUUCCACCUCGAAGCCCUACCCCAUCAGAAAGAGGCUGCCAGUCGAGAACUCCAGCAGCAACCCGCCCUGCAUAAAAAUGAACGAGAGCAUAAUAUCGCUGCUGCUGAAGCUGCACUCUCAGCUGUCCGGCGCGCCGGACAGCUUCAACCUCGAAGAGGAGGACGAGAGCGGCGGCGAGGAGACGGAGGAGGCGCCCCCUAUCGGGGACGGCCCCUACUACAUUGGAAAGUUGCUCAGGAAGAUCGCCAAGGUGGACAGCAAUUGCAGGCAGUGCAUAGAGGAGACCAUACAGAAGCUCUGGCCGUCGGAGCAGGAGAGGGAGGAGGCGAAGAAGCAGAAGGAGAACAAGGAGCGCGAGGAGAGGAGGAGACGCGCGAAGGAGAGACAGCAGAAGCUGAUGGCGGAAUUCGCCAACAAACAAAAGCAAUUUAUGGAAAAGGCCAUGGAAACGGAAGAAAGCGAAGCGGGCAUGGAAGAGGAGGUGCUGGUCAGCAAGCAGGAGUACGAUUGCGUUAUAUGCAACCAAAGCACCCCCAGUACCGAGGACAAACCCAUGGGUCUUGUGGUCCUGAUCCAAGCGACCAGCGUGAUCGGUCACAGGCGCAAGUGCGGUCAGCCGGAGCGAAGCGUGUUGCCCACGUGCGAGGAGGAGCGCCACCUGUUGAGGAAAGACGACACGCUGUCGUCGGAACUCGACAGGCGAGUGGAGGAGCUCGACAGGCACUUCGACCCCCAAUCUUGGCUGUUGUCGGUUAAUUCCGGCUGGGAUGGAGGCGUGCACGUCCAAACCUGCGGUCACCACCUGCACAUGGACUGUCUGCACGCUUACUUGCUGUCCCUGAGAUCGCAACAGCGACAAGUGAAUCUUUCGCAUGAAAAUGGCGAGUAUUUGUGUCCGCUUUGUCGACAACUGGCGAACUCGGUGCUGCCUCUGUCGCCUCAGCUGGGCGAGAAAGCGCAAAUAGUGAGAUCGAGGCCGUCCGGGAUGUCGCAGGUCCUGGACGAACUGAGCGAGUUUUUGAAGGAAAACGAUCAAAAACCGAGCUCUUCGAACAUGGCGGAGGCCAUCGGCAACGUGAUGGAAGACAUGUCGAGCAGCACGCACCUGAAGCCGAUGUUCGAGGCGAUGCACAACCGCCACAUCUCGCAGAGUUUGUUCCUCUUCGUCACCUCCAUCGCGCGCACUAACCUCGAGGUGGAGCUGGUGCAGCGCGGCGGUUCCCUGGUGGUCGCCGCCGCCGACCCCCCCAACCCCCUCCUGCCCAAAAGAGAUUGCAUAGUACCUCUUCUUCACGUGCUGGCGGUGCACGCGAAGGUCGCGCGAGGCCUCGCAAUGUGGCCAUCCUGGAUGACGUUUCAGCAGCUGUGCGGAAUUCCGUCCACGUCGAACACGACCGCAGUGGCGCCCGUCGAGAGGGAGGUGCCGCUACUGAUACGAGACCCGGUGGCCCUCCUCUUGCAGUUCGUCCUACUAUUGCCCCUCCAUCUAGAACAAUCGUAUUUCACGACGACGAUCCAGAUGGUGUUCAACCUGCUGUACUAUCAGGUGGUGGCGCAGGUGUCUUGCGGGCUGACGGGCGCCGAGAGGAGCCAGGCGGCCGCCGCCGGCGCCACCGACGGCGACGUGCGGAACUUGAGCGACGCUUUCGCGCUGCUCGACGCGUGUCUCGGCCAGAGCGAGCUCUACAUGGAGGACGACAGCAUGGGCGAGGGCGGCAGCAAGGCGCAGGUCAAUCUUGUCGCUCUCGAGCAACAGGUCCAAAAGCUGUGCUUACCCUUCCUGCGCAUAGCCUCCCUUCUGAAGCACCACCUGUACCAGCAACCGCUGCCGGACGUGCGCGCCUUGCAGAGCGAGUUCGUGCGGCUCGUCUACUACCUGGAGCUCGUGACGGAAUCGAUGACGUGGGAGUGCUUCAACGCGGCGGUGGCGCUCAACUGGCCGCCAGACACCGACAUGCGCCGCGAGUCGCCCCGGACGUGGUGCGCCCAGUACGCGCGCUUCGUCGCCCGGUCGCCAGUCGGCGCCAGGAGCUUUCUAGUCGAGCAGCACGUGCGCUGGCACCCGCCCAGGCUGCUGCAGCUGCCCAGGGAGUACGAGAAGAUAUUCACAUAUUACCACGAGAGGGCGUGCACGCAGUGCCACAGCGUGGCGCAGGAGACCAGCGUGUGCCUGCUGUGCGGCACGAUAGUGUGCCUGAAGCAGAACUGCUGCAAGCAGCGGGACGUUUUCGAGGCGGUGGCGCACGCGCGCGAGUGCGGCGCCGGCACCGGCGUCUUCCUCGUCGUCACCUCCACCUACAUCAUCGUGAUACGCGGCAACCGCGCAUGCCUCUGGGGCUCCCUAUACCUGGACGAUUUCGAGGAGGAGGACAGGGACUUGAAGCGUGGAAAACCACUUUACCUCAGUCAAGACAGAUACCAGCUGCUGGAGCAGCAAUGGCUGGCCCAUCGGUUCGACCACACCAAGAAAACCUGGGUGCAGCAUCGGAACGCCCUCUAACAAAUUCGCCACGCGUUUAUUGACUAAUUAAUUAAUCGAUUAAAAAACUGAAUAGGAUGCAUCAACCCUGAAUUUUAAUACGCUGAAAUAAAUAUAUAUUUUCGAUCGAAAGGAAUUCUGUUAUUUUACCAACUGUGAUAAACAAUUGUCAGCCUAAAUUCAAUAUUACGUCGCCCGGUAAUUUUAAUUUAUUUAAUUGAUACUCUUUUUAUUAUUACAUUUUACAUCAUUCCGGGGUAAUUUUCUUGUUUACUGUAUAUUUUGGUCGGUCAGGGGAUGGAAAACUAUCGCGACCCACCCACCUUUGUAUAUUAUUUUUAUUUUCUUUAUAUUUUGUCUAAUAUUUUAUUCUAGUCUAUUGUAUGCAAGAAUCUCGGUCAAAAGACAUGUUUUUGUCUUUUCAAUAUUUUAAUUAAUUUACUAUAUAAUAACUCUCUUACAAGGAUAUUUUGGGAUGUUUAUUUAAUUUAAUUUUUUUGGGUUGUUUCCACUCUUUAUUGUAUUUUUAAAUUUUCGUGCAAAAAUUGAUUGCAAUAACUAUAGAGCUUGUGAUAAUGUUAACAAUGCUUGGUAUUUUUUAAUUUUUUGAUUUUACAAUAUAUAAUUAUUCAAAUUUUCCUUUUUAUUGUAUAAAUAUGAUGACUUAGUUGUAUUAUUAGUUCAAGGCAAAAAAAAAUAAAUUCAAAUAAUUUAA